AUGCGUCCAUUAGGAGCGGUUGCUGGGGGCGAUGAUAUUUACAAGCCUAUAUGGUUUGCAUACAGCUUUAUGGAAACUUUUCUUGGUCAAAUAUAUGACUGCCACCCUACCAUAAACAGUCAAGACACGAUUUCUCUUGAUAACGAAACCCUCGAGCUCACAUCUCAAGAAUCAGAAUCAGAAAUCAAUGAAGUAGUGAAUGUUGUACCCUCAGCUAAGUCUCAGCAAGCAGCACUUGUAGCCAAACCUCACCGACCAACACCCUUACCAAUCUCUCAGCAAAGAUAUCGUUGUCGCCAAGUUCCUACGGAAUUGCUUCAAGCAGAAAGUGAAAUGAAGGAAGCCUUCUCAUGGGUGAAGAAUGUUGUGUCCAGAAUGAUGAAAAAGAAGACGAGUGCGAUUUAUACGGUAGAAUGUUGGCGAAAAAACUACGAAAAUUCCGGAAUUUCAAAGAGAAUACUUGAUGCAUGA